AUGGCCGGUCGGACCCUAGCUCUGUGCUGUGGUCCCUCAUGGCACCCCGUCUCUUGGACCGAGGUGCCUAGAUCUUGGCCCGAUUGGCGUCUCACCAGCAGCGGCAUCGGCCACAACAUUAUCCCACCCGUGUCCUUUCCCCCGCCUACUGUGAAGGUGACAAGAUCCAGGCUCCUGGGCCAGGGGGACUGGGGGCUCAGAUGCUCACGUCUGAAAAAGGAGGGGCUGGUCCACAGUCGUGGAGCCCCUACCACUGGCCGCAAAACAGGGUCCACACAUCUGGGCUUUCGACGAGGUCAUCAGCAGGUGGGAAACCACCUCCGGAUCGGCUCAAGUACCCAAGACCCAUGGCGGCCCCUGCGCGCAGCCCAAAGCCGCGGAGCCCAAGGACCCCACGAGGACUGUAGGGAUCAAGGAUUUAGGGGAGAAGGUAAAAUUCUGAGCCGGCCAAGCGGGCUCACACACAGCGCCUGGCGCCUCCCUUUGAGCUCGAAGCACCAUAUUAGCGAGACGAAGGAGCAGUACUCUGGCUGGCCUGGCUUGGACCCGCGUGUCACCUUUGAUUGGGGGACCGAGUCCCUGGAGCUGGCAAACCACAACCACAGGGGCCCUUCCCAGGCUCUCGUCCCCUGGACCAGAAACUUGGAGCUGGCCGGCCAGCCUUUCACUGUAUCUGACCAGGGUGUCCUGGACCGCAGUCAGCUCUACCUCACCACCACGGCCCGCGACUUCCGCGCCUACCCAAAUUACUUCUUCCCAUAUAUGCAAAAGUCUCCAGUCCCUCCAGUCCCUGGCUCCAUUCUUCCUAAGAUGCCUCAGAUCAAUGAUGGACUCCAGAAAAAUAUCCUCAAGGUACAGCUACUGUACUCUGCCCAUCCUUUGCUUCCUCAGGAAGGAGUUGUCCGGAUACCCCCGCAAAGAUUCGCUGACCUACUGGAGCUUCGAGGAGAUGCCUCAGGCCUGGGGCCACGGCCCACAGCAGCCGCCUUGUCCGCGCUCCUCUCGACCACACCAGCUGCCGCGGGUCCGGUGCCGCACAACGGAGCGCUGACUCUGGCCCAGGAGUCCUACAGUCCCCCGCUGCAUCCACUCCGCAGCCGUGACCGUUUCUGCCCACUGGAGGCGCCCUGGGGCGGUCCCCACUGGAAGUCGGUGCCAGCAAUCUACACUGUACCGCACGCCUACCGCACUGAGAGCUUAAGAUAUGGCAGCCGCAAGGCAGCGCUGGUCUGA